AUUUAUUUAUGUAGGCAGUGAAGGGAAGAUGGCGGAGUCUGAAGAGCCAAAAGCGGAUCCUUGCGCUUUUCUGUUCAAAAAAUCUACUAAGAAGUUCUCCGGGCGAAAAAGAAAAGCGAGCGACAGCGAUAAAGAUGGCAGCAGUGAUGAGGACAAGUGCUCUGUCGUCAGAAGGGGAAAGAAAGACACUCGAGGCAAUCCCAUGAUUCAAAAGUCAAAGAAGGUGGAGAAAGAUAAAGAAUCGUCCAGUGAAAAUGAAGAAGAAAAAGAAACGAAGAAGAUCACUGUUGCAUACAAGUCCACACGGUCAGCAAAACCAGAGGGACCUGAUGACAGGGGUGCAACUGCCACUUAUGAGAUGGACACAGAGAAGGACAACGACGCUCAGGCGAUCUUUGAGAGGAGUCAGAAAAUCCAGGAGGAGCUAGAAGGCAAAGAAGACGAUAAAAUCUACCGCGGUAUUAACAAUUACCAAAAAUUCAUCAAGCCGAAAGAUACCACCAUGGGCAACGCCUCCUCUGGAAUGGUCAGGAAAGGACCAAUCCGAGCCCCUGACCACCUGAGAGCCACAGUACGGUGGGACUACCAGCCGGACAUCUGCAAAGACUAUAAGGAGACGGGGUUCUGUGGCUUUGGAGACAGCUGCAAGUUCCUCCACGACAGAUCGGACUACAAACAUGGCUGGCAGAUUGAGCGGGAACUGGAAGAGGGCAGAUAUGGAGCAAACGAUGAGGAGAACUACGAAGUGAGCAGUGAUGAUGAAGAUUUGCCCUUUAAGUGCUUCAUCUGCAGGGAGUCCUUCAAAAAUCCCAUCAUCACAAAGUGUAAGCACUACUUCUGUGAGACCUGUGCUCUUAUGCAUUACCGCAAGUCCAAGCGUUGCUAUGUGUGCAACACUCAAACCAACGGUGUCUUCAACCCUGCUAAGGAGUUGAUGUCCAAGAUGGAGAAACGCAAAGCCGCAGAAGACCAGCCACCAUCAGAUGAGGAGGAUUAGCAGCAUCUGAACCUUUUCAACCCUCCCCUUAUGUGUUUGUCCGUGUACAUUUGGAAUAAAAUAACUUUUUUUUUUAGACAAUAAGCUGCUUCACUGUGUGAUACCAUCAAAUUAAAAACUUUAAAGCGAACAAAGUUUAUUGUUAAGUCAAGAUUGACAUUUGCAACACUUUUCCCUCUCUUUCAAAUGUACAUGCAGACAAAACAAGCACCAAUGUAACAUUCACUUCUGACAUAAGUCACAUAACACCCAGAGUAAGUUCAAGGAAAUACAUACUUCUAUGCUUGGAGGAUUAAACUAAACAGAUGUACUGCUUAACCUCUGCAACUAAAGUAAUGUGUAAAGCAUGAGAUGUAGUGUACACUGUAACACAAGCAGAGAGCUAAGAAAUGUGUAUACAUGCUGUUGAAUUAUUUUACCAUCGGGACAAAGUUGUAACCUUCCAUCUGCUGUACAGAGGGUGGUCUCACUGAGCAGAUGGGCCAUGUUCAGAGAGGUAGAGUCUCCCCUGAAUCCCUAGCAG